AUGAUUUCCUCUAGGAUCGCAUCCAUAUCUUUUAUGGCUGCAGCCACCAUCUCCAGUGUCGACGCAUACCCGACGGCUCAGGCCAUAGAUCCAAACGCUGCUGGGUUGGCUGCUCCUCCCAUCCCCGGCACCGGCGGCAGUACCCCAACGGUACCCGCCACGGCGACGGCCACCAAGGGCAUCGUGAAUCCAACCUUGAUGCCAGGUACGUACCUCAGCACGGGCGGCAUCCUCGGCAUCGCCACUGGCGUCCUCGCCCUCUUGGUUGUCACCACCGUCCUCUGCGCGUUUGCUUACAGACACACCCAGACCAUAACCAAAGUCGCGCUGCUGAGGAGGAGGGCCAGGGACAAGGCGCGCGUCAAGGCCUCGAGGCACAAGACGCGCCGCUCGGGACGCGGAGGCAACAGGUCUAGGACCGCGAGGCCGGUGCGCGACGUCGAGGCUGCGCUGGACGUCGAGGAUCAGCCCGCCGCGGCCCGCGGUCGCGCUCGCUGGUCUCGCAGAUACGAGCCGGCCGAUCUUGCUGCUCCCGGCAGCGUUGUCGUACCCGCUGCCCGUGUGGCCCGCGACGGCAGCGCUUCUCCCACCGGCUUAACGCAGCUUCGGGAGAUCUCGCCUGGAGCCUCUGCUCAGGGUGAAAACCGGAACUCGCGCACGGUUCCCAUCCCCCGCGGCACUCGUAGCAACUCCGUGUCCACCACGGCUACCAGCACCAACGACGUUCGUGAUAUUCGUAAACUGUCCCGCGCUCAUAUGGGUUAG